CCUCAGUUGCACGCACAUAUCUAGCGAAUCACAGCCCGAAGAAAAUCAUUGUGACAGACGGGGGCAUAAGCGAGCCAGAGAACCAAGACAUAGCGAGAAGGUUAAAGGCCUAUCUUGAGGAUGGUGGAUCGGUAACAUUCGCGCUGGACUUUGCCAGCUCUAUUUCUGGAGAUGAAUUCAACAAUCUCUUUGGUCGGAAAUUUGGCACACCCUGGGAGUAUGACGGCAGCUGCAAGACCAUUUGUAGAUUCAAUGCAAACUGCAUUGUCCCAGCCGGACCGAUUCCUAACUGCUCCUAUAAUAUGGAGGCACAUCUAAUCAAGAACGCUUCACCUAUCGAGCGAAUUGUUGUUCCGCUGGGAAGUUCCAUGGUGAGUCCCAAGGAACAGGGUCAAGCCGCGGUAGUUGGAAGGAAGCAAGGCAAAGGAUAUUUAAUCUAUUGCGGGAACGAGAGUGUUGAGGAGGAAUUGUGCAAGAUGUUACUGCUUAUGUGCAUUUAG